AUGGGCCUGGUUCCUCACCCUUGGAAUUGGCUGUGCAAGCUCUCCCUGACUUUCAGGGAGAGCGCCUUGAUCACCUGCAGCACCUGUUUCGACGGAGUCCUUACGACGUUCCACCAGCCCUGGCCGUGGCCGAAACGGGUGAGCUUUGAGUUCCCUCAUCCAUUGGGACUUGGAGUGAAUCGACUGAAGCAUCCCGGUGAAGCGUUCAGAAAGAACCUUCACCAAAGAGGUGAUAUGUAUAUGUGUUGCCACCCGAAGCAACUAAGCAACCACUGUGGCCAAGUGGUGGACUUGUGCACAACGAAAAAUACACUCAUCCUUUGUAAGACCUUUUGCCUCGCUUCGGCCUUCUUUCUCAAGCGCUUUGGGGUGCCGUGUCCAUCUCGUUGCAGACACACCAUGGGAGCGAGGCCAGUGCUUAUGGCGCUUCUUGCCUUGGUGGCUCUGAAAGGUGACGACCUGCGUGCUUGGGUGACCAGCCCUCGAGAGGAUGCUGCCAUGGGAUACUAUACCGCGGCAUUGAAGGGUGCCGCCCAGGUGGGUGGUCAGAAGAGCUCCUCCUUCCAACGCUUAGCCAGGUUGCACUACAGAGCGGUGGAGCUGCGCCGGCAACACCGCUGGGAUGGUGCCACCCAAGUCUACCGCGCCGCCAUCGCCUUGCAGGAGAAGAUGCCGCCACCGAAGGAGGUGCCAGCUUAUGCAGCGGUCGCAUGCUCUUGGCUGAACCUCGCGCUCACGGAAAAGAACAACCAAUGCCUGGAGAAUGCACGACAGACCUUCCAGAAGGGCACUCAAAUGGUUCAAGAGUUGAUGCACCGGGAAUUGGACGUGUGGAUCGAUGGACGCCACAGGCUCCGGUCCCAUGGACCCAUCACGGACAGUCACGAGCUACGAAGCGCCUGCAGUUGGUUAGCCACACUGCUAGUGGCCUGGGGCCUCCUGGAGACCAAGCGUGGCUUCCGUGCGCGGGCCAAGGUCUUAGCGGCCCGAGCGGCGGUCCUCGAUCGUUCCAAAGCGAAGGUGCUUUCUUGGAAGAUCGUGACGGGCUGA